AUGGCACACGGCUCGUUGAUUGAGAGCGACGUCAAGGCUGCCCUCGUUGCUGGCACGGCGGCAGCCUUGGGGUUCGUUGCUGGCCUCCAACUGGCUUGGGUCCGCUUGUCGCCGCGGGUAAGACGGAGACUGCACCGUGAGAAAAACCACAACGGCCAGGGGGAGAGCAAUGGGGAUAGGACCGCAUCGUUGGGAGUUGUUUGCGAAUGUGGAGCUAUUAUCCAGGGCAAAUGCACUCCUGAGGAAAUUGCCAGACAUAAAGCCUCGAACCGCCACAAGCGCAACAUGCUGCGGCACAGCAGCAGGGAGGUUGUGGCUUGCGAGGAGGUAUCCGAGUACCGCGCCGCCGUUCUGGCUUUGGUGAACUCGAACGACGUGGUCUUGGAGGUGGGUUCGCAUGUGGGCGGCACAACCAAGGUGAUCGCAUCCGUGGCUGGUCGGGUAGUUGGUGUUGACCAGCAGCCAGAACUCGUGGCGCAGGCUCGCCAAAACUAUCCGGAAAUCCAGUUCGAGAACUUCGAUGCCUUUGACUCCACAAAGCUGGUGGCUUUGGCCAAGUCACUUCCUCAGCGCAUCACCAAGGUUUGCAUCGACAUCAGCGGCAGCCGUGACCUGGCCACUGUAAUCAGACUGAUGGACUUAAUUGACAAGACGAUCAACCCGGACAUAAUGCUCGUGAAGUCACAGGCAUUGAAGAAGAUGCUGUUACGAGCUCGUCUAUGGAUCGAGCAUCCUUUGAAUGCCAAAGUGCUUUGA